CGCUGUCCUGCCUUUAGGUUUCACUUUCUUUUCUAUGUAAAGGAACCCGUCUCUGUUCAGUUGUCUUAUCAUUCGCCACGUCCAGAGUUUCACACAGCGGUAAAAUGCAGAAAUCAUUUGGAAGUCUGGUCAGGGCGCCCACCUUUUCAUUUAACAUAGCCUCCAAAGCUCCAACUACUUCAUCCCAACCCACUGUUGGAAAGGCAGCAGAAGAUGCUCUCAGCGCCUCCAUAUUCGCCAGCUCAACAGAGAGAGAGAACAAACCUUUGUUUACAUUGCCAAGAGCUCAAGGAACAUUGGAAUCUCCAUGGAGAGACGUGGAGUGGACAGAAGAGCAAAGGACAAGCCUGAUGAAGACUGUCAGCUCCUACAGGCAGAGCUGUGACGAGGGGACUCAGGCUCGGGUUCUCCUCCUGGGCCCGGUCGGCUCUGGAAAAUCCAGCUUUGUCAGUUCAGUCCAGUCAGUGUUUAAUGGAAGAGUCACCAACUGGGCCAUGGUGGGCUCCUCUUCGAUCAGCUUCACCAAGAAGUCCUUCAACAUCCAUGGUCAGAAGGGAGAGGAUCCUACUGGACUGGUGCUGUGCGAUAUUGUUGGACUGGGGGGUGAAGAGAUGGCCGGACUGACCCUCCAUGACAUCCUGUCUGUCAUUAAAGGUCAUGUACCUGAGGGACACAAGUUUAGCCCAGAUCAGCCAGUGAGGUCUGAGACUGUGGGCUAUGUGAAGAGGCCAAGCCUCAAAGACAAGAUCCAUUGUGUGGCCUUUGUGGUGGACGCCUCUAAAAUCCUGACCUACUCCAAACGCUUCAGCAUCACCUUCCAGAAUCUCCGAGAGCACAUCAGUGACCUGGGUGUCCACCAGGUGGCUCUGCUGACCCACAUAGACAAAAUAUGUCCAGAAACUGCCAAAGAUGUCACUCAGGUUUACAAGAGCCACAUCAUUCGCGACACGUGGCUUGGAUGAUAGAAUUUGUUUUCACUGCUGCUCUACAUGAGUUAAAA